AAGUUCUCUCUGUCUGCUAAUGAGGACAAAAUUUACGACAUUGCUCAAGAUGAUAUCAAAGCGAGUCAUGAUGAAUGCCAAAGGAGUCUAUUUGGCAAAGUAAUAGGUGACAGACCAGCGAGUUGGAUUGGGAUUAAACGCGCAAUGUCUCAAAUCUGGAAGCUGAACCAACCCAUGGAUGUGAAAGAACUUUGCCCUAAUUAUUUUCAAUUCAUUUUCCAGAACCGGGACGACAUGAAAAAGGUGGCAGCGGGGACAAAUUGGAACUUUGAGAAUCAGUACAUCAUUCUCAAAGAAUGGAUGGUUAACAUCAACAGCAAGCAUCCCUGCUUCCAGGAACUUAAUCUCUGGGCUCAGGUGCAAAAUAUUCCUCUAAACUGGCUCAGUACGGAUGUGGGGCUCAAGAUUGGGAAGGCAUUCAAGAGUCUUAGAAAUGUGGUUAUUGCUACUACGGGCAAUCAUGGGGGUAAACUGCUCAGGCUAUUGGUGAUAGUGGACAUUAAUGAGCCCCUCCCCAGAAUUGCUAAAAUCAGAUUGGGAGACCAGAUUGUAAGUGUUUGUUUUCAAUAUGAAAAGUUGAUUAACCACUGCCAUUACUGUGGCAUCAUAGGUCACUUAGACCGAGGCUGCAGGAAAAAAAUGGAGGAUGUCACAAAUAACUCUGUUAAAGAAGAUCAGUAUGGUGAAUGGAUGAGAGCUGCAGAUGGUUUCAAAUGGGCGCCUAAUGGUAUAUCUGAGUCCAGGAACUCACCUCCAACAGACUCUCCUGCUAUGGAGGUUCAUGACACUUCUCAUAAAGCAUCAACAAGCCAGAUCCAGAGUGAAAGCCCUCGUGUUCCAGAUCAUGAGGUUGUCCCAUCCCCUGCGAAAUCUGUGGGUUGCUCUUCUCUAGUCUCGGCUAAUCACACUCUAAGUCCUCCAAGAGAUAACAUUAAGGACAACCAACUACAGAUAGUGGAAUCCACUACCAUGGAUAUGGAAAAAGAAGAGAUACCAAGGCAGCCUAUGACUAUUGAUCCUCUGGAGGAAUGCUACCCUCCAAACUCUACAG